UUCAAUCCAAAAUUUACGUAGCAGACGCCGCGCAGCUGGAAUCAAACAAAAAUGGCGUCCGUAAAAUUAUUUUUGGAUAUUACAUCAAUCUCUUUUAUACUUUUACUGAGUCUUACACAGCAGAAAACCGAAGCUGCCAGACGUGAUUCUUCGAACCCUCUGUCUUUAUUGACCAAGAAGUUCCAUCAUCAUGAGCAACCCGUUAUUCUCAUACUUGGUAAAGAUGCUGUACUCAAAACAGACCGAAGUAAUGUGAAAAAAGCUUUAUCACCGGAAGAUAGUGAUGGGAGCGGAACUGUUCAUCAGUUACAUCAUUUGUUGGGACAUGAUCAGAAUAAAGUGAAACAACACAAAAAGAGUACAACGAAACCGUUUCAUCGAGAUGAGGAAAAGAGACAGCGGUUCAAAGUUCAGAGCGAGAAAGAAGAGAAGGUAUCGCAAAAAGAAGACAGAGAUGACUUACGGUCACCCAUCGUGAAAAAACUGCUGAGAAUCUCAAAUAGUCUACGAUGCGAAGCAAAAGACGAAUGCGAAGAUAAAUGCAGUAACAAAUUUUUGGGGAAACUGAAAAUUAAAUGUAAAGUGAAGUGCAAUUACAAAUACGACUGUGAAUCAGAAGAAAAAGAAGAAGAAAAGGAAGAAAAGGAUCCGUGUGAUGACAGCAAUGGCUCUUGCAACUCUGAGGAGACAGGGAUAAGCACAAAAGGUGUAACUUGGGUCACCUGGGUUACUAAAAAGCCGAAAUGUAAACGAUGCUAGAUAAAUAUAAUGUGAAUUAAAAAUAGUAAAUAAUAAUAAUAAUCUUUAUUGAA